CGCGCGUGCGCAGUUGUUAUUUCCUUGUUAACUUGUACGUACUGCUAGAUUAAUCCCUGAUAAAAUGGCAGGGGCAACUCUUUUUGUUAUAAUUCUAUUUUGUGUCAUUAUAAAGCACACCGAGUCAUCUCCGAAGACGGAAAAUAUCCUGAUCAACGUCACAGCAGGGGCAUUGGCAGAUGCACAAGAAUCUAACAACUUGCAGAUUACUUUAAACAUAUCGGUUGGCGAGGAGGUAUUAGUAAAUGAUGUUCCUGUUCAGUUAUCGGGGGUGACCCGAUUCAACUGUCAAGCACUUCUCUUGAAUAGCACCAAUGCAAGCAGUGAGUAUGAAGGAGGGGACCUGGUAUCGACUGUCACCCGGGUUAUGGUGACCCAGAACCGACUGUAUAGCGACUUAGAAGAGGUGCUGGCUCUGCAAGUGUUUAGUGAAGUCAUUGAGUUGGAGGGCAAACAGGUUCAGCAGCCUGAUAUGUGUGAGGUGAAAUUAUUGAUGAGCCCAGAUUUUGAGAAGCUGGCUCAGUUCACCAACACUUACCCUAUCGGACUCAGUGAGAUAUUCAAAGUUUCCAGAGACAACGACGUGCUCGUCACAGAUCCAACAAACCAUGGAAAAGAUGAGCAAAUGAUGCUACAGACGACUAGUCAGUACCCUCUAAAACACUCUGGGACGACACAAGAAGAGGUUGCAGCGCCGGGAAAACUCCCGGAGACCCCACUUCGCAUGGACGCUGACCUCUUUGAUAAUAUUAAAUCUGAAGACACUGAAGCUGAAGAGCUGGGUCAACAAGACCAGAUUUCCACUGAGAGUUCACCACAAGGAUUUUUCUCGUACUCGGCCAUGUGUCGUUGGGUGGAAGAUUUCCGGGAGCGUCUGAGAAUCUUCUGCUCCGAGUCACUGCCCCUCUUUUUCUUAGUGAUGUGUGUGGUCGUCAUUGGUGUCGUCGGAUCAGCGGUCAUUGUCAAGAUAUUGGACUUGUUCUUCCCUACUUGUGAACAGAAGCAGAUUUGUCAUCCCAACACAUUCAUUUUGUUGCCGAAUGAAGAGAAGCACACUCUCCUGGAGAACACAGAAUUAGAAGAAGAGGAUGAGAUAAAACAUUAAAUGGGGACUUUUUUUUUUUUUUGGUCAGAGUUUCUCUGUUUUCUUUUGCAUCUUGUGGAGUAAACGGAAGUCGAUGAACCGGUUUGGUUGAUAUAAAUGAGAAGGUUCUGUUUGAUGUUAUUUAGCGCAGAUGCAAUCUGUCUCAUCAAAUUGUCUUCAAGCCAAUAAAGUUGACUUAAGUGUUAUCUCCAAGACGUGAGCCGUCAUACAUAGACUGGUCAUAUCAUUAGGUACAUUUUGAUGAAUCAUCUAUUCAUCUGAGUGGCAUUAGUAUAAGUAUUAGAACACUUUGCUGCAAUGCUUUCCCAAACAACAACCACAAUAGAUUGUCAAAUUAAUGUGUCAAAUGCAGAUUUCCAUUGGGAAAACCAGCUGCAUGGUUUAAUUGGAUUGGAUCUCAUCAGUGUGCUUAAUUCUAUGGCCAGUGAGUGGAUAUAUAUGAAAAAUUAAUUUUGCACUUAUUGAGGUAACUAUUUAAUUUGGCACACUUCCUGCAUGAAUGUCAGAAAAUGCGUUUUUCUUUUUUUUUUGUUUAUCCCUACAUGUGAUUGUAAUGUCCUUUUCACAAUGCCACACGGUCUAUUGUAGUGCUAGAGGAGUUGGGGGAAUGUGCGAGUAUUAAUUCAAGAGCAUGGGCACAAUACAAUGGUGAAACACUGAAACUUUCUUUUUUUUUAACUUCUGACUCAAAUCAGCAUGGAUGCGUCUGUCAUUAGUCAAGCAGGAUGUGAAGACACACGGGAAAUCUUUUAUAAUGCUUUGGACGUACAAAUACUAAUAACAAAUUUUGCUUGAAUCUGUGUGUCCAUUUACGCUACUCAGUGCAUGAUGUACCACAUUACAGAGAUGCUUGUGUAGUCAAUCUAGUGAAUGCAUUUUGCUGUUCUAUCUGCAACUUUGGAACUUCAAUGGUAACGGCUCAACUUGAAUUGGAUAUGACUGAUUCUAAAUUAUUUUGCUAGUUUUCUUUACAGUGUCCCUGGUGCACUGUAUAACAGAUAUAUGCUCUGUUGGGUCGCAUUGUUUUUUUGAAUAGUAGUUGACAUUUACAUUUGUUAACAUUUAAAUCAUCAAUUACAGCUUGGCUGCAUAUGUUUGUCUAUAACCUUGUGGAUUAAAGGCUUUAUUACCAUCUAUAAAUCUUUCAUUGGCCGCAAAUAAUGCAUCAUGUUAUGAUAGAUUUGCAGUUUGAUUAUAAAACAGCUUUGUCUUUUUUUUUUUUUUUCAUGUACUCGCCAAACACCCUGUAUGAAAAUAAAAUAAAACAAUGUUGGAUUCAAUUCCUAAAA